UGAAAACAACAGCACAACUAAAUUUUCUAAAUUCCAUCCACCUUUUAAAAAGCCAGAGUGGGGACUUCCCUGGUGGCACAGUGGUUGAGAAUCCGCCUAACAAUGCAGGGGACACGGGUUCGAUCCCUAGUCCAGGAUGAUCCCAGAUGCCACGGAGCAACUAGGCCCAUGUGCCCCAACUACUGCUUGUGCUCUAGAGGCCAUGAGCCACAACUACUGAGCCCGCGAGCCACAACUGCUGAGCCCGUGUGCCACAACUACUGAAGCCAGCGCACCUAGAUCCCAUGCUCUGCAACAAGAGAAGCCACCGCAAUGAGAAGCCUGCGCACCGCAACGAAGAGUAGCCCCCGCUCGCCACAACUAGAGAAAGACUGCAUGCAGCAAUGAAAUAGAUAAAAUAAAUAAAUCUAUAUAAAAAGAAAAAAGUCAGAGUGGUGUGUAAAAAGUGGAGGAAAAGAAUGUUUCUGUCUCUUUCUACAUUGACUGCCCUUAUUCCAUUGGUCCCUUUAGCAGGACUGUUAUACUCGGCCUCUGUGGUGUGCUCUUACAGCCUGCUCUUGUUGAUUACCAUACCCGUUUAUGUGUUCUUCCACCUAUGGACUUGGAUGGGUAUUAAACUCUUCAGGCAUAAUUAAUACAACCAGAGCCAAGAUGGUGUAUCCUAAGGAUAUGCUUGAGUGUCUGUCCCUGAAAGCUCAACUACAUGGAAAUACUGGAAACCCACUUAAUUUGCAAGAAAGAUGCUUUGCCUAGCUUCUGUCAGAGGUUUAGGACUAUGGGAGGCUUCAGCUGCGGAGGCUUCUUUAUUGUACUUUGGUUCUGCCCUUUUUUUUUUGAAGGUUCUCAUUUAUAUCUGGGGUAUCAGAAAAAACGUUUCAACAAAGUGUCUUGUUGGAAAUUAAUAUCCCCGGCCAUCAUCUGAUGACUUUAUUUCUUAUCCCAUUCAUAAUUAAAAGUUAGUAAUUUGAAAUUUUAUACGUUUAUUUUACAUUCAAAGUCUUUGGUAAAGUCACAUGUUAAGGAUGACUGAAAUAAUUCCAGAGGAGCUCUGUUGAAGGAACUGCAGAGAAAUGCAUUUGAACUAAUGUGGUAUAAAACUGUAAUAAAGUGGAAAUUUCUUGUAUUUGCCAAAAUUCUGAGUUUGUAAAAUUACCUUCAUUUCUUUGGCAUCACAUACUUACAUUAAUAAUAAUAAGAUAAGGUAUUGACAUUUUCCAUUAAAAAAAAAACUUGACUAGUCAAUCAUCUGGGAGAGUAAAGAAUUUGUGAGUUUCCUUUUUGUGUGGUGACCUCUGUAUCUGUCUGUGAUGGUUAAUUUUAUGUGCCAACCUGACUGGGCCUCAGUUUGUCCAGAUAUUUGGUCCAAGGUUAUUGUGGGUGUGUCUGUGAGGGUAUUUCUGGAUGAAUUAACCUUUGAAUCAGUAGAGUGAGUAAAGCAGAUUGUCCUCCCCAAUAUGGUUGAGCUUCACCCAAUCAGUUGAAGGCCAAAGUAGAAAAAAAGGUUCAGUAAGGGAGAAUGCACUCUCUCUGCCUGUCUUCAAGUUGGAACAUUAAUCAUCUCCUGCCUUCAGAUUUGGACUGGAACUUACACCAUCAUCUCUCCUGCCUCUCAGGCCUUUGAACUCAGACUAGAAGCAUACCUUUGGCUCUCCUGGUCUUCAGCUUGCCAAAUGCAGAUCUUAGGACUUCUCAGCCUCCAUAAUCAUGUGAGCCAAUUCCUAUACAGUAAAUGCCUAUCUAUCUAUCUAUCUAUCUAUCUAUCUAUCUAUCUAUCAUGUGUUUCUCUGGAGAACCCUGACUAAUACUUAUUUGGUACUGAGAGUGAUCCUAGAGGAACAGGGUGUUAAGGAUAGGUUUUCCUAAAUUGGUUCUGGGUUUUUGGAACUGGCUGUCUAACCUAAUUAGAUUUAAAGAUGCUAAUGACUCUAUUUCAAGUAGUAAAGAGAACACUAAUGGUCUCUGGCAUCAUUGGGCAAUAGAGAUACCUAAAAUAUCUGCACUGGAUAUGCCUAAUUGACCACAAGCAGAAAUCCAUAGAACCUGUGUGGGAAUGGAUAUUAAGGGUAUGGGAUCAUGGUGGAAAGAACAUAAAGCUGGAUGUUUUUAUUAUCCAGCCAAAAUUAUCGAUGUCUGGCAUAUAAUAGGCCCUUAGGAGGGUGAAGGAUCUAGCUGUAAUAUAUGUUACCCUGCUGGUCUCCAAAGUAAAUCUGUGAAUCUGCUUCAUGGAGCCCGCAUCCUCCUUUCCUCUCACAGCUCGUAAGCAUCCUCUUCAAGCUGGAAGCAAAUUUGAAAAGGACAGAUAGAAGAAGUCUGUUCUUUAUUCAGCAAUGUAGGAGGAUGAGGUGCUCAAUAAGUUUUUUUUUCUUCUUCUUCCUUAUAUAAUCAUUUAAAAAUAUUCACUUUUUCCUUUCUUCUCUAGGCAUUUCUUCUUCUUCAGCUAUUUGUUCUCCCCCAAUCCCUAUAAACACAUACACACACACACACACACACACACACACACACACACACACAUUUUUAGGCUUCCCAUAAGCCACAGAUCAAGGCCAAGGUUCUAAUCCUUUACUCUAAAGGUCAUUACUAGGGUCAUCCAGACUACAUUAAGUCUCUUCUCUUAUGGUCUCAUAUUUUAAUUUAUUCCUUCUAUUUGAUCAAAGCUUAAAGCAGCUCUCUUUAUCCACUUGUCCUUUAUAUAUUUUAAGGCCAUUUCCCAAGCUGUAACACAAGAAUGCAAUCUUCCUUUUUAACACAUGCCUCGUCUCCUAUUUUUCCUGUUGGUUUUCCCAGCUGAUCUCAGUGACCUGACAGCUUUUUCUAGCCCUAUGCUGCACAGACAUGGAAUUUCUUCAAUUAUGUGUACAGUUCUGAUGCAGGAUUCAAUACAUUACUUGCCAUUCUUACAAUAUCUUACUGUCUGUUUCUCUUUCAGCAAAUGUUCAUUCAGCCAAAGCCUAUUGAAAUCUGACAGGGUGUCAAGCAUUGUGCCAGAUGCUGUGAAUAAAAACUGAAUAAAACACUAUUUCUGCCUAGGAGGAGCUCAUAGUCUAGAAACCAAAGGCAGCAUGUAAACAUGUAUAUUAUAGUGCAUCGUGCUAAGUAUCGCACACUGUGAUGUGAAGAAAAAUGAAACUUCCUCUGGGGGAGUUGAUAAAAGAUCUCAUAGGAAGUGACAUUUCCAUUAGUCUUGACACCUAAGUAGGAGUCUGCCAAUCAGAAGACAGAGGUGAGAAUGAGGGUAAGGGAAGAAUAGGUCAUCUGAGUAAAGGGAAUCCAGUGUGCAGAGGCUCUGAAAUAAUUGAGGAACAUUCUGCUGUAUUCAGGGAGGUCUGAUGGGUUAGGUGUGGUUGGAUGUGUGGUGCAUUGAGUGGCAGGUAUCAAACUGAGAGGGCCUGUGUGGAGAGGAUUGAAUUUUAUUCUAGAGGCAAGAAGAGAGAGAGGAAAUUCUAUAAGCAGGGAAGUUUAACAAUCAGAUUUGUCUGUUACAUGUCUAUUGUCAUUGACCUAAUUACAGGGCUCCGGGUUUUGGAGUCUAAAAGGGGUGUACUCUGCUUGUUUAAUUGGAGGUGCUCAGGGUGCCUUUCAAUUGAGACCACUUGUGCUAAUUCACUUUAUUACUCCUACUCUGUCCUCCAAAUGCUGUCUCUCUCUCCUUGGCCAGGGUUGGACAGAUACUGACAGCCUUUGUCUCUUUGAACCCCAUUUUUCUGUUUUGACACCUUCUUUCUUCAGUUACGCUGACCUAGUCUUUGAAA